CCUUCCUGAACCUCCGUCUCUGGCUCCAUUUGGCCCAAGGACCUGAGGCCCAGCUUGGGGCUUGCUUCCUGAGUUUCCACCUUCAGGGCAGAAACACCCUGUCUCUCUCUUAGGCUCCACCUCUCAUAUCUCCAGCGACCUGGAGCUGGCUCACUAAGUGCCUGAGUCAGUGGGAGAGAAGAAAGGCAACACUUUCACGUGGAAUCGCUCGGAGAACACCCUCCGUUCCUGUUCGAUGGUUGAACCAGGGCUGUUAAAAGGCUUCCUGGAGCUGCUUGGGCAGACGCGGGAAGCCGUCUUGCGGAGCGCGUCACAGACACCAGAGGGCGAUGCAAGCCCACGCGGCACCCGGGCGGGACCGGGCUCCCUCCGCCCGGGAUGCCUGGCGUGUCUCUCAAACCAAAGAGGCAUUAUCAAUAAAGGGUGUUUGGAAGGCGCAAGAGCAGCCCCAAACCCUAAUUCCCAGGCCGCAAGGGAAGCCGGAGCGUGCAGACAUCCCGCUCCGAGCUCAGGAAUUCCUGCCCGUGGCGUCCGAGCUGUGCAGCGAUAAUCUGCGCUCGAGAUCACUAUCGUGGAGACUCGUCCGCUGCGGGGAAAUUCCGCAAAGCCAGGCUUUGAGAUGCGGAGAAUCAGCGACUGUGCGAUCCCUGCUUACAAAACCUACUCUGAGAAAGCCCCUCAUUCAUCGGAGGGAAAUGGACCCCCGUGCGCUUGUUCUGGCCCGGGCGCGCGUCCUGGGGCUCAGAAUGCAGCCCUGUGUGGAGCCGCCCAGGCCCCUGCCCGCCUGGAGACGAAUCAAUGACCCGGGCACAGCGUCCACCCUGUUUCUUUUCUCCCCGAGCCAGUCCCCAACCGCAAUGACUACACCAUCUAUUCUUAUUCUGAAAGCGAAUGCAAGUAACACAUUCGGCUCCGCAGUCGUGGCUGCGGGCCACAUUUUUUCACAGAUACCAUCUGGUUCCAGUUUAUCUGACUGUCUAGUGGAGAGCGGUGAUUCUAUCAGCCUUCCAGCCUCCAAGGGGAUGGUGGGGGAGGGCUGAGUUUGCCAUCGAGGUGUCUCUGUGCUGGCCUGAUCUCACUCGCUGUUUUGUUUUCGUUUUUAACUUACUCAACACACUGAGCAAGGCAUGGCCCCUCUUCUGCUGGAAAGAAACUAAAUCCCUGUACCCCGUGGCACUGCUGUGGGUGAUCCCUGCUACCCCAAGGCCCAAAGCACCACCUAUUAUGUCAUGACUGGCUUUUUAGUAUUCUAGAACAUGCCUUGCCAUUGGCUAUUUUUUAAAUGGAGAUUUGAAGAAGGAGGAACAAAAAGGGUACAUCUGUCUAGUAAACGACCCGCCCCCCCCCCCACACCACCUGCUGUUAGAUGGUAACAGCCAUGAGGCUGCCCCAUGAAAGCUGUUUUUAUCUUGCUUGAAUGAUAUCACAGACUCCACAGGGCCCUGCCAUACCCAGCCCUGGCAGGGCCACAUGUCGAAGUUUGGGGUGUGUCACUGGCAGCUGUGUCUGGCUUCCCAAAAAACGGUUAGAGGGUACAGCCAAAACAACUCUGGGGCACGACCUAAUACCGAAACCUGGCACACGCUUGUCAACGGGCAGGUGGAAGCCCCCCUCAGCUGCCUGCAGCUGACCCUCUCCUGUAAUUCCUGUUCUGGCAUUAACCUUGCAGCUCUCUGGCACGUGGGUCAUUAUUGGACACAGGGAACCAGUGUACUGUAAAAAUGAACCCCAAUAACACCAUGUCCCUUACUGAAAGUGGAACUCUUAAAUUUUAUGUCCAUCGACUCAGAAGUUUUUUUGUUUUUAAACUCGAGAUUGAACCCAGGGGCACUCUACCACUGAGCUACAUCCCCAGUCCCUUCUGUUUUUAAU